GAUCGCAUUAUAUUUUCGGUGUAUUUUUUCUUUUAAAUUAUAGACGCAAACGUACGCAGCAUACAUAAAAUUCAUUCGUCUAAUUUUGCACUGACAUGGAUUCGAAGAGUUGAGAUAAAGAAAUAGGGGUUGCAAGGAGAAAGCAUUUCUAUUACGUAAUCUUUUGCGCGAUGAUAAGAAAUGAUAAAUUCGGUUUGAAGGAAAUCUGGUAGAAUUAAAAAUAAUCAAGAGAAAAACAAAAGGAAUCAUUGAGUGAAGAAAGAAGACUUAAAGCUGCGAAGUGAACAUCCGUUUAAUCUAGACCAGAGAGACGAUCGAGCAGAGUUACAAUCUCGCCCGACGGUUUAUAUCAUUAGGUUUAUUGCCACCGGUUAUCAUAAUCACCGACGAUUUCUUGUCUCGUCCAGACAGACACGAUUCGUCUCGAUGAAGAUAAAACGAAACGAUGAUGAAUAUCUCUCUUUCUCUCUCUCUCUCUCUCUCUCUCUCUCACUCACUCGAAACUCUUCCAAGAGAGUCAUUUCUUUAACAACAAUUUUGAUUUAACUUAAUCUACGAGUUCUCGCGUACACUGAAAAUCACUUAAGCGAUCGUUCCGAUUCAUUAUAAUUUCAUUGGGAAAUAGAUCUGUCGAAAUUGAACGAUUCAAAAUUUCAAUUUAUCACAUUGAAUUAUUAUCGUGCAUUGCGAUAAUAAUUUAACAAUGCGAAAUAUUUAAAUGGCAUUUUCAAAAUUCAAUCGUAAGUUGGAAAUUAUUUUUACGGCACUGAAUCUUUGAUUGCACUGAUGAGUAAUUAACGUGAUAAUUGAAAGACGAUCGAUAAAUUAACACAAAAGGAUAAUAAUGAGAGACACCUUCUUUCACGUUGUUAUGAAGCAAGAGACUGACUGCAGAAGGUUGAUGGUUGCGCCAGUCUAGUAUGAAUAGUGUAAUUGAAAAUAAUGUUCCACCUCGAGUCGGUACAGUUACAGUCUUGACAAUUUGUUGCGAUAGUGAACGACUAUAAGCAACUGUUUGACCGGGUUGUUAAAACAACAGUUACUUCGUGUGACAACGAAGUGCUUGAUUUUACGUGUGAAAGGCUUUUCCAUGCUGUAGUAUACAUGAUAUUCAAACAAAAUCGAUGACUUAUAGCACAAACAAAAGUUCAAAUAUCAUUUGAAAUACGAAUAAAACGAUCAACAAAAUAUUACAAUUCGAAACACAUAUAGGCAAACGGACGAAGAAUGACUUUUUUUUAUUCUUAAUAUCACCUCUUCAUGGUAGUUAAAUUAAAUGAUGUACUGCGCAGAUGCAAAUUUCACGGCGCGUCGUUUGCCAAAGAGAUGACCCAAUCGGAACACGUUUAAAUUUCAAAUUUUCUUAUGCUUAUAAGUAAAUAAAAAAGAAAAAAAAAAAAAAAAAAAAAAAAAAAAUUAUUUUGACAAAACAUCAUUUUCAAGGAGAAGAGUUCAAAGAGAGCAAAGGCAAAGAAGAUGACUCGAAUAGUCUUUGAUGUGCGAUAUGGAACGAGACUACUUCCUUCGUAAACAAACGUCGUCGUCGUCGUCGUCUCGUUGAUCUCGAUCGGUCUAGACUCUCUAGUCUCUAGAACUACGUGGACUAACCAUUUCUCUCUCUCUCCCUCUCUUUCUCUUUCAAAAGAUACUCUUUCUUGGCCGCUUAUUUUAUUAUUUCCAACAAAUUUAACUGAGACACGGAGACGCGACUUAACUAUUUAUAACGAUGCUCAAAAUCUAUUUAUAAAUAAGACGAUUGAAACGACGAGAUCGAAACGACGUUAAAACAGUGGAUUGACCUUCGACCGAUGGCUCUUUCAUCGAAAUUCAAGCCUCACUUCAAUCUAUUAUAUUAUAUCGGUUACCUUGAUCUAUAUCGAAGAUAUCGUCAAACAAGAUUCAGUUCAAGAAGAGUACGCAAGAGAGUGGUGUUCAAGCACGGAGAUUGCAACGUCGUUCAAGGAAACGUCGCUAAACGUCGUCGUCGUUAUUUGCAGGACAUCUUCACCACUUUAGUCGACGCUCAAUGGCGCUGGACCCUUCUCGUAUUUUCAAUGAACUUUUUACUUUCUUGGCUCGGUUUUGCUUUAAUUUGGUGGUUAAUCGCUUAUAGUCACGGAGACCUUGAUCCACAUAAUUACAAUUCGUCGAAUUAUACAUUUACUCCUUGCGUCGAAGAUAUACGUAGUUUCACCAGCUGUUUCCUCUUUUCCGUCGAGACACAGCACACGAUCGGGUAUGGCUCGAAACACACAACAGACGAAUGUCCAGAAGCAAUAUUCGUCAUGUGUAUACAAUCGAUGACAGGAGUGAUCUUGCAAGCCUUUAUGGUCGGUAUAGUCUUUGCCAAAUUAUCACGACCGAAAAAAAGAACGCAGACACUUCUUUUCUCGAGGAACGCUGUAAUAUGUCAGAGGGACGGUCAAUCGUGUCUGAUGUUUCGCGUUGGAGAUAUGAGAAAGAGUCACAUCAUCGAGGCUCACGUCAGAGCACAAAUGAUCAAAAGGAAGGUGACGAGAGAGGGCGAACUUUUACCGUUUUUCCAAACGGAACUAAAAGUAGGCGGAGACGGAGAGGAAGACAAAAUCUUUUUUAUAUGGCCAACAACAAUUGUUCACAAGAUAGACGAACACUCGCCGCUUUAUCGUAUUUCCGCCAGCGAUAUGCUUCGAGAACGUUUCGAGAUCGUUGUUAUUUUGGAAGGUGUAAUCGAGUCAACCGGUAUGACGACACAAGCAAGAAGUUCUUAUCUACCAUCAGAAAUUCUUUGGGGACAUCGUUUCGAGCACAUUAUCACGUUUCGUAAAGAAACCGGUGAAUACGAGGUCAAUUAUAGUCUAUUUAACAAUACUUACGAGGUUGAUACGCCACUUUGUUCUGCAGCCGAUCUCGAUCAAUUAAGAGCAAUACAUAGAGCUAAAGGAGAACGCAUGAGUUCAGGUGCAUUUCCAUAUCACGACGUCUCGAGUAGUUCUUUAACUACGAGUUCCGGUUCGAGUUUGGCCUCUUCUGCCGGUGGUCUUCACAUGCAUGUACCACCGUUGACUCCACCAACUCCAAUUCCGGUUAUGAUCACCGGUCCCGACGGUACCUUGAGACGGGAGAGCGUAAACAGCGUGCAACUCGAACGGCCAAUAUUUUAUACGCACGACGAGUCUACCGAUAACGAGAUCGUUUGCGGAGCUACCUCUGUUAGUCCAGAGGAUUCCAAAGUACAAGAGGAAUACAAUCGUGCCUUAGAAGACAUCAAUGCAACGCUUAGAAAAAAUAGGAAACAGAAUAACAAGGAUGAGAAGAAGAUUCAUCGCGAAGGCUCGAAGAGUACGCUCGAUUCGAAGAAAAGUGAAUCGAGAAUUAAUGUCGAAGGAAUGAAAAGAUCGAGUUCACGAUCGAACAUCGAUCAAUGUCAAACUCGCAAUAAAAAAUCCUGCCCGAAGUCAACUUUGGAUCCCAGGCACUGCAAAUUUAAGGGCUCGCAUGAAUCUCUUCGCGACGCCAUGCCGAGGAGAUCGAGUUUGUGCGAUGGUCAAAAAUCGAAAGAAAUGCAUAAAAAGACUUGUUUCGUGUUGGAAAACGAAGAGGAUACGAGAAGUGUUGAAAUAACUAUACCAACUAUAUCAACUUCGUUGGGAGUUCCUGAACGAUUGGAAUACGUCGUAAAUUCGAGGGAAUCAAAUCAUCAUUUGGAACGCAUGAAUGCUUGCGAAGAUGUCUAGUCUUCAGAGUCGAGGGACGAUAGGAUAAGCCAACAAAAGAGGAAGAAGAACGUAUAUAGAAGCUGCUGCUGCUGGGAAGAAAGCGAAACCAGUCGAGAAGCUAUGGGGGAUUACAAACUUGUAUCAUCCUUCGCGAGUAAAGAUCGCGACUCGACCAUGCGUGGUGAUUUCGAUGAGCGCAUUUCAUGGCGCAUGUCGUACUGACGUUCAAAACAAACGUGGGGGGGGGGG